CAGCAGGCGAUUCAAAUGUGAUUUACAUGACCUAAUCAUGACACCCUCCAUUGAUGGAUAGAUAAAUUGACCAGCAAAAGCAUCCAGCAAGAAGUCCUCGUACUUCCCACCGUCGUACUACUUCUCUCAUAGCUAUUCAUUUAUCCAUAAUAUCGCUAUGGCUGCUGUUGCUGUCGCCGGAGGCACUAAUGGUCUCGGUCUGACUAUUGUCGAGGCAUUGGCUACUCAUGGUGGGCACGAUGUGGUUGUACUGAGCCGAAAAGGCGGUGCUGAACUCGAGAAGAAGCUACCGGCUCGGUUGAUCGUGGUUGACUACGACAAUAUCGAGGGCCUCAAAGAUACCCUUGAAUCGAAUAACAUUGGCACCGUCAUUUGCACUAUCAAUGCAAAUGGGAGCUCUUUACCCGAACGGAAUCUAGUCAGCGCUGCAGAGAAAUCCUCCGCAACAAGUCGAUUUAUUCCCAGCAUUUUUGCUGGCUUAGAAUAUCCCACCAAGUAUCCGGAGAGCUCGCCUAUCGCCAAAACCAAGUUCGAGGUCCUGCAGGAACUUGAGAAGACUUCUCUAACUUACACUGCUUUCUAUGUUGGCAUGUUCAUGGAUUACUAUGGAUCUCCCCUGCUCCAAUCUCACGUCAGCCGCUUCCCCAUGUUCGUUGAUAUCGCCAGCAAGCGGGCAGCCAUCCCCGGGUCAGGUACAGAACCCGUAGUAUUUACCCACGUUCUAGAUAUUGCGAGGUUUGUUGUUCGCACUUUAGAUCUGACCGACUGGCCGAAAGAAAGCUAUGUCAUUGGCGAUCGAGUUACGCUGCAAGAGCUGGUCCGUACCGCCGAAGAGGUGAAGGGUACGAGGUUCCGCGUUACCUACGACUCCAAGGAAGCUCUGGAGGGUGGACACAUCACAGAACUGCCAGCUUAUUCAUCUGUCCUUUCAAUUAUGGGAAAGGAGCAGGGCCUCAAUCUUUUUAGUAUGGUUGGAUUGUGGGUCGCGGGAGGAGAGAUGGAUCUCAAACCUGCGUUUACCCUUAACGAGCGUUUUCCUGAUAUCAAGACUCUGUCCUUCAAACAGUUCUUGGAGAUCUCGUGGAAGGUCUGAAUUUUCGGGCAUCGGACUGUAUUUGACAUAUUAGCACUCGAGUUGGACUGAUUCAUCCGAAGAUAUACCCGCAAGCACCUCAGGGCGAGCCAUCAUGAAUUCAUAGUAACUUAGAUUAGUAUGCUACGACAUAAACGAAAUAGGUACCAAGAACUUUCACAUACGACCAUAGGGUGUGGAAAACAGGGCUUCCCGUCCGCUCAGCCGUACUUAAGCCACCUAUUGAACGUGGACGACUUAGAAAUGAGCCCUUUGGAAGUUGCUGCUUUAUGGGUGAGCGCCGCCAAGUCGCAGGGUGAGUGUGAGUGAUU